UUCUCCCUUUAUUAUCGGAUAGCCCAACACAGGCGAAGAAAACCUAGCUCUUGCUUCGCCAUGGACGUCGGAGGAGAAGACAUAAGCGAUCUCCAGGUAGACCAAAUCGUUGAAGAAGAUUCCAUGGAUGAUCUCAUUAGAGACCGAUUCAGACUAUCCGCGAUCUCUAUCGCCGAAGCCGAGGCGAAGAAAAAUGGAAUGGAAAUAGGCGGACCUGUUGUGGCAUGUGUGGCGGAUUUAGCCUUUAAAUAUGCAGAAAAUGUUGCAAAGGACCUUGAACUAUUUGCUCAUCAUGCUGGACGCAAAGUUGUGAACAUGGACGAUGUUGUUCUCUCCGCUCAUAGAAACGAUAACUUAGCUGCGUCUUUGAGGUCAUUGUGCAAUGAGUUAAAGGCAAAAGAGCCACAAUCGGAUAGGAAACGCAAGAAAGGAUCAGCCAAGAAAGAAGACAAAGCCAGUAGUAGCAAUGCCGUUCGCAUCACGACCGAUCUGUAACUCUUCAAGCAGAGUGUAAAUACACACCCAUGGAGAAGCUGUUAUUAAAAGCCCUGGAGUUUUUUGGAAAUUUAUAUAGAAGACUUUUGCAUUAACGUACUUUUAAAUGAUUAAUAUAUCCAAUCAGAAAAUUAAAAAAAA